AUGAAGACGCGGAAAUCAAUGAACCGGACAUGCAAUUCUAAGAGGAGGGUUACGGCAGGCAUGCUCCUCUCAUUUCUCUCCCUGGUCGCCAUUGUCGACGCAGCGAAGGCCCCCGCCAUCGACCCUUGGUACCCGGUGCCUGCGCCUAAUAAACAACACAACACCCACGACUUCACACUGCGCCACAUCUUCCAUCGAGGCACAUAUCAAGAUCCAAAACUACAUAAACGGUACGAUUUCCGGCCUCAAGAGCCUCUACUUGUUGCGGAAGAGGAAGAUGGGGUACGACGGCCUCUCGCAGAACCGCCACACUUUACUGCGAGAUCCGAUUCCAUGGAGAUCGAAAGACUAGUGGACAGGGAGCCUUAUAGCAUAGAGCGGUAUCUAGAGUAUGCUCGCUAUACAGGCUCACCUGCUAUCUUGGACGCAUCGGACUGGUCGAUGGACGAGGUUAAAGGCCCCAACAUUUCGGACAAAGAAACCAUCCUCAACCUCGCCAUCAUGGCAGCAGAUGCUUAUGCAGAAGUACCAGGCGAAGGAGACUGGCAAGACGUCGGUCAGGGAUACAACAGAUCCACUGGAUUUGGCUGGCAAGGUGACGGUCUCCGGGGGCACAUCUUCGCCGACGAAGGCAACGAGACUGUCAUUAUCAGUUUGAAAGGAACGUCCCCGGCUGUUUUUGAUGGGGACGGAACGACAACUCGAGAUAAACUCAACGACAACUUAUUCUUCAGCUGUUGCUGUGCUCAAGGCGGACAAUACUUCUGGCGUCAAGUGUGUGAUUGCUAUGACAGCACCUACACAUGCAAUCAGACAUGUCUGAUAAAGGCCCUGCGAAGUGAAAAUCGAUACUACCGAGCCGCAAUUGACCUAUACACUAACGUUACCGAGCUCUACCAUGACUCGAAUGUUUGGCUUGUCGGGCAUUCUUUGGGCGGAGCAGUAACUAGCCUUCUGGGCCUCACGUUCGGUCUGCCCACAGUCACGUUCGAGGCACCAGGUGAAGACCUUGCAGCUAAACGCCUCGGCCUGCCUGCGCCACCAUCUUCGGACCCUCACCGUCCUCGGACCAAAUAUACUGGAGCUUAUCACUUUGGAAAUACUGGUGACCCGGUCUUCAUGGGUACCUGCAAUGGAGCUACAGCAACAUGCACACUUGGCGGCUACGCUAUGGAAUCGCAAUGCCAUACGGGAAAACAGUGUGUAUACGACACUGUGAGUGAUUACGGCUGGCGGGUUGGCAUUGGAAAUCAUAAGAUUCGCAACGUCAUCGAGAGCGUUAUCAAGAAAUAUGACAAAGUGCCCGAGUGCAUACCUGACGACGAAUGUGUUGACUGCUACAAUUGGAAAUUUUUCAAGAGCAAUGGCUCAGAUGCCACAACUACGAGUUCAACGGCAACAUCGACGUCUACACGUACGAGAACGACAACUUGUAAAACGCCAGGCUGGUGGGGAUGCUUGGAUGAAUCAUCCACAACGACUCACACAACGCCCGUCGUUACCACGACUUAUACAACGACCACAUGCCUAACCCCUGGUUGGUUUGGAUGUAAGGAGACCGCAAACUUGACGGUGACUACCACAACAGCGGCACCAACAGCACCUGCUACACCUACAAGCAGCUCUGCUCCAGCAACUUCAACGUCGUCCACUUGUGAACACCCGGGGUGGUGGGGAUGUCGAGACCAAACGACAUCACCCAAAGCUACACCUUCGCCAACGGUGUCACAAACUCGAGCCACCAUGACAGGCGCACCAAGUACUUGUGAAACGCCAGGUUUCUUCUUCGGGUGUCGCGAUCGCCCGCGUCAGACGAGUGCGGAUGACUCCUCAACCACAAAGACAGGGAUCAUCACUGAUGCCCCCAGCGCGACAGCAAGCAGCACACUGCCAACGAGCACGAAGGCUGGACACGGUGGGAAGAAGAAACACGAGUGCAAGCAUCCUGCAUUUUUCGGUUUGAUUUGCCUCGACAGGUAUGAGGCUGUUGCGGCUUUGGAACUGUAG